AUGAGUUCUAAAGAAUCAAACCUAUGGUAUGAUGCUAUGAAAGACGAGAUGGAUUCUAUGGCAUCCAACAAAGUCUGGGAUCUCGUUCAGUUGUCUGAUGAUGUAAAAUCCAUUGGAUGUAGAUGGGUCUUUAAAACCAAGAAAGACUCAAAAGGCAACAUUGAGAGACAUAAGGCAAGACUUGUUGCCAAAGGAUUCACUCAAAGAGAAGGAAUUGAUUAUAAAGAAAUCGUUUCUCCUGUGUCUAAGAAGGAUUCUUUACGAAUAAUUAUGGCAUUAGUAGCUCAUUUUGAUUUUGAGUUACAUCAAAUGGAUGUGAAAACAACAUUCCUUAAUGUUGGAGUUUUAGGAAGAUAUCAGAGUAAUCCAGGUGUUGACCACUAG